AUGCGUGGCCCGGUCCAAGAAGUUUUCAAGGCGAUUGUCGACGUGGUCAACGCUCUGCAGAAGUCGACGGGGGGAAGCUGCGUGUCAACCGUCAACAAUCCGGACAUCUUGCUGGGUCAAGGGACCGUCGGUGCCGAAAUGAUGGAGCAGAUGCGUGCCCGUGGCAGUGAGUUGGACAUCAUUAUUGCACCCUGCGGCAGCGGGGGGCUUUUGGCAGGGUUGGCUCUUGCUUUCCAUGGCUAUCCGACAAAAGUCUUCGGAGUAGAGCCUUCUAAAGGAGACGCCGAUGAUGCUCGGCGAGGCCGGUUGCAGAAACGUCGUAUCGAUCGAGUCGAAUUGUCCACAAUAGCGGAUGGUCUGCGAUGCCCCGUUGGUAAGGCUGUAUGGGAAGUUAUUAAGCGGCCAGAACACGUCGAAGACGUUUGA